AUGGAAAAUGUUAAGAGGGUGAAGGGCUCAUCAUCUUAUCUUCCUCGAGAUCUGAUCCAAAAGAUUCUUGUGAAGUUGCCGGCUAAAUCCGUACCAAAGCUCAUCGUCGUCUCGAAGCUAUGGUCUUCUAUCAUCCGCAGCAAAAGUUUCAUCGAUCAGUACCUGGAACGAUCGUUACCUCGUCCGCGUUCUCUCUUUUCAUUCGAACGUAACAGCAUCCUGUUCUUCCACUCAAUCUCUCAAUCUCAGGAGGAGGCAGAGGCAGCAGCACCGUAUUCUUGCACUACUACAUCAAGCUUCUCUGUCAGACUUGAUCCGCCGCUCUUGUCAGAAGGUUACUACAUUACUCCGCCGGUGCGCGGCUUGGUCUGCGUUCAAGAUUUGGAUAAGGUGGUGAUUACGAAUCCUAGCACGGGCCAGUUCUUUGUUUUACCAAAAGUCAGAACUGAGAGAAGACGAAUAUCAAGAUUUUUCGGGUACGAUCCGAUCGGAGAUGAGUACAAAGUCUUGUGCAUGACGGCGUUACGAGUUACUCUCGGUACUAAACCCGUUAUGAGCGAGGAGCAUCAAGUUUUCACUUUAGGUGGGGAAGCUGCAUGGAGAAUGAUCAAAUGUAAGGUUCCACAUUGUCCUGUAACCAGAGGGCUAUGGAUGACGAACGGGGUGAUUUAUUACGGAGCUUGGUCCACCAGUGAGAAAGAGAAACGAGUAUCUCUAGUUGUUUGCUUUGACGUGAGAUCGGAAGAGUUUACUUUUGUUAAACUACCCGACGGUGUCCAAGUUCUUGAUAGUGAUUCUGCGUUGGUCAACUACGAGGGGAAGGUGGCUUUAUUGAAUUACGCACAUAAUGGUAACUUUGAUAUGCGGGUUUUGGAAGAUGUCGUCAAACAAGAAUGGUCAAAGAUCUCUAUCGUGGUUCCUUCUUGGGAUGAUUUAGUUAGAACAUGCUUUUUGUAUUGCAGAGGUGUCAUUAGUUCCGGCGAAUUCAUAUUCUCAACAGACUUCUAUUCGGAUGGCCGGUUCUUUAUUGUCAGUUAUGAUCCCAAGAAAGACGUCGCCAGAACUAAAAGAUUGGAGAUUGAAGGACUUGGAGAUAACUUGCAUUAUGGGGUAGUUUUAUUGGAUUAUGCAGAGUGUCCUAUAUUUCUCUAA